AAAUGAGGUAGGUGUCGUUGGGUUAAAAGUAAUGGGCUGGGUCCCCUCCAUGCCUCUUCUCUUUCCUAGUUUUUGAUAGCUAUAGUUCCCAAAUCCUAACACAACCAACAACAAAUGAUCUCACACAAACUUCAAUUCUAAACUCUCUCUUUCGUUUAAACGACUGAAUAUUUCAUCCAAACGACCGGACUGUAAACCUUCAAAUUCAACCCUCCUAGAAGCAGAUCCUGAACAUUAUGCGUUUUUUUCAGAUAAUAAUAAAUAAUUUCAGACUGUUGUAAAGGUACUUGAGAUGCGUCUUGUGGAACCUCGCUGCAAAAUUUUAGUGUACUAGUUAACUGGGAAUGUGAAUUAAGGAACUUAUCAAUUAUCUUCAAUGGAAGAUCCAUCACUUGUUUCAGCCUCAAGUAGGAACUGUCAAAUGUCUGGUGUCGUUGGUGGGAAAAAGGGUUCCCAAAUAAAUUUAGUUGCUUCUACCCCGAAAGCAUUCUCUCAAAGUAACUGUCGGCACAUAGCUUUACUUAGCCGGGGUAAGAAUAUCAGUGUUGGUGCAGCUGGUCAUAUUGCAAUAUUUUUACUCAAAGUUGCUGCAUUAGAGGCUGUUCGAAGGGUUUCAAAGGCUAAGUGUCCAAACUUAUGGCGUGGUCUUCAGGCUCUACAAGUUAUUUGCUAUCCACCAUUUAAGUGGAUUCAGAGAUGGGCUCCCUUCAAGGGUUUGAUUAGAGGGAUGCAGAUGUUGUCAAGGCCAUUAUUACUCCUUUCAAUUGCUGAGACUGUCUCUGAACUGUCAGAAUGCAGUGAUGAAACUUCAGAUGUUAUUAGUGGUUCUCAUGCAAAUUCUGAAAGUCCUCCUGAUCUAUCAUCCAUGCAUUCUCCUACAGUUACAAGCGGUUGUGAUGAAGGUCCUACAAGUCUCACAUCUGAAAAUUGGUCGAUAAAACUCUCUAAGGAGCUUGAAAAUCAGGGGAUCUAUUUACCCGAAAGACUUAAUGAGGAUGAGCUACAUAGAUUUUACACUGCUGCAAAUGGUGACUUUUCAUGCUUUUUAGCAUUGAUUAAAAAGACAAUACGUUGGAGGGAGACAUACAGGAUUCUUUCUGAAGAAGAGCUUCAGACAUGGUCAGAUAUGGUAUUUUGGCAUGGAUUUGAUGUUCAGCACCGACCAUGCCUAAUAGUACGACUUGGACUUGCUUGCUAUGUCAUGCCAUCUCAUGACAGACCUCGUUUUGCUCAAGCAAUUAUAUCUCAGGUAGAGCAUGGAGUUUUGCACCUAGUUAAAAAAGCAAAUAAUCCUCAAAUUACAGUUUUGGUGGAUUGUGAUGGACUAUCUCCCUUGAGGAUGCCCAUGCAAAUAAUCCGGUCUUGUUCUUCCCUUCUCCAAGAUCAUUAUCCUAAUCUCCUUGGCUGUUUGUUGGUUAUACGUCUUCCUCCAGUGGUUCGAGUUAUUACUCAGACUUUUGUUCAGAUUCUGAAACCUGUCACCCGGAAGAAGGUCAAAAUUGAAGGGGAAAUGUAUCGCAAGGUUCUCUCUGAGUACUUUGAGACUCUCCCUUCGUAUCUUGGUGGGAAUUGCUCAUGCAUGAAAUGUUCAAGUGUUGGGAUUCGUGAUAUCCAGCGACCAAGUUCUAAUGAGACCAGCAAAACAGAGCCAUAUGCAGAUAUUAGUGAUGAUGAGAAUUUGUCUUCACCUCGACUCUCACAUCACGAUGACAUCAAUGUUAUGGGUAACUGUGAUCAAGUGUUAAGAACUGCUGUGAUAGGCAUUCUAAUGUUCUGGGUUCUUAUAGCUCUUAUUGUGGGAAUGACUGAUCCUGAGAGCCGACCCUUUUAGCUUUGAUGAGGUAAAAGAGAACCAGAUUUAAAUAUUUCCCUUUGGUGCUCUAUUCUUCUCCAAGGUUUUGCAUCCGGACAUGAGAAAUAAUCUGUAUACGACAAGAUAUUGUUAUUCCCUUUCUUUUUGAUGCAUGUCUUAGUGUAUAUCUGCGGAAGUUGAGGCUGUAUUAUUCUUGUAAUAUUUAUCAAAGCUAAAACCUAGUUGACUU